AUGCAGUUCUUCCCGAGCAUCGAAAUGCAUGCUGCCGCAAGACUAUCGAGCGCGCGGGUGGCCCUGUUCAGACGCUACAGCAGAAAUAUGGCAAAUCCAAAACCGAUCUUGACGGGCAAGUGCUUCCUCGAGCGCGCGCUCACGAAGAACGGCUUGUCGCACAACCUCUGCGACUUCAACCCGGUCGAAGUCGCGAUUGGAGUUUUAGCGGUUGCAUCAACCGCUAAAAGUAAAACCAAAACCAGCGCCGGCUCGACUAUAUAGCGCGCAGAAACCUGGUGGUGCCCACGAUCCAACAAGAGGUUUCCAACGGGUUGCGCGCCUCGCGUCUGACGAAGUGGUGGACUUCAACUGGUGCGCAUCCGGGGGCCCGAGAAUUGUUUCCGAGUGAGACGUCCGACGGAAUCAUCACCAUCACCAUUUGUCAUCGGCGUCGAUUUUCGGUGAGCUCUGAUUGCAACAAAGAUCAAUCGCGCGGUCCAGUUGAAGUGUAUGUGAGUCCCCACGUAUCAACGGCAACCACACUGCGGUGGUCGCUGGACGCCUCGACGUUGGCCAGAAGGCGCUGCAAAAUCGUCCCGCAACAGCAACGACGAUCUUGACUCCUAGAGUGAGCCACCGGCAUAGCAUUGUUCCAUCCAAGAGACUGCGUGUCCGAGGUCGAUGGACGC